GUUCAACUUGGCAGCGUAGCGUUUUGAAAAUUCAAACCCGGCAAAAGUGUGCGCCUUUGCCCUGUAGUGUCUGUUGUUCGUUCCUCGCUUUCUUCAGCGCGGCUCGCGGGCUCACUUGUUUACCGGCAUUCGUGCCGUGUACGAGUGAAUUGGCGUCGCGUAAUUGGUUUACGAGAGAAAAAAAAACCGGUAAUUUUUGAAAAAUGUCGACAAACAACGGUUUUGUGUCAGAGGUGAAAAAUGUGAUAAUAAAGAGUGUUUUAUGAUAUUAAUUACUUGACAACUUGUUGAUUAAAAUUUAAAAAAAUAUUAUUAUUAUUAUGGUCAUAAGCCGACAAAAUCAUGCCAUUCGUACAAAGAACGAUAGAGCCGAAAUUGUUAUCGAGAGUACCGCUGUUCAAAGAGGACGGUACUCCGCGCGUUAAGGACGAAGAACUAGAAGCGGUUACCAACUCUACCUUGUGCAAUGCUCUACGGCAGUUGGCAUCCUUGGCAUUGGUGGCCGACGAUAUUUUCACGGAAUUGGGUGGUCAAUUGAGGUGCGUCUACAAAAGAUGCGAGGUAGCGAGAGGACGGAUCGCCGUUGUAGAGGAGAAGGUUGCGCUUUAUGAUCCUAAGAAGGUUCCAGUGCCUGUUAGCGACAUUUGUUCUUUUGCUCAGACAAAAGAGCACUAUGCUGCCAAGCACCCCAUGGACUCUAAUCUUUUCGGAGUUGAAACAAGACCUGAUGCUCUCAAAUCCCUCUAUGAAGCUGCAACAAAAACCCCAGUUCACGCAAUGCGACAGCUGGAUAGAUGGAGAAGAGACGGACACCGAUCUUCACGAUUUUUCGUUUGUACUCCCGUUUUGGGAGCCAAACGGCGAAGAAUCAGAGGAAAAGUGGAUAUCGAUAUCGAAACCAGAAUGCCUGCUGCUAUGGAAGAUCUUCGUAGAUGGACUUCGGAUGAAGCUUUAGGUGACGUCACCGUAGGUACAACUUGUGCUAGUAGAAUCGCUGCCACUUUGAGUGAUGGAGAAGAAACUGAUGGUACUUUAGCGUCAGAUGAUGAACUGGAUCAUAAACUACCAUCACCUGAAGAACAGCUUCAAGUAGUAGCUUUAAGAUUCCCAGCUGAAAUAGUGGCUGUGGAUAUAUCCGGACGAAGUUUCGAUCGGAUGUCCAGCCAGAGACGAUCGUUAAUGACGGGAGAAAUUACAAAUAGAACAACAGAUGGUGAUACAAUAAAGAGAAGAGGAAGAACGAGAAGACCCAGGAAUAGAAGACGAAAUACUUUAGCUGGUACUGAUCAAAAAGAGAUACAAGAUGCAUUGACAGCAGGGGACAGUCAAACGUCGCCGGAUAAAUCCAAUCAGGCGCCUCACACCACCUCAGCAACGGUGCCUAGAAGUAAAAGUAGCGACCUGUUGAGGUCGUGCAGCAAAAAAGAAUCGCCCGAAAUCAAAAUAUCCAGAUUCAAUAGCUUGAAACAGUGGGGCAAGCAUCAAUACGACAAAUUCCGUAACAAAAGCAACGAAAAUUCGAUAUCUUCAAACAGAAGUAAAGUGACAUCAUCCGAAGACGGUUUGGACGAUUUUAAUUUAUACGAAACGGUGACAAUGAAACGUAAAAGGGAUUUGGAUAAGGAACGAAAAACCCACGAGAGAAACUCGUCAAUAUCUAGCUCAGAAAAAUCCUUGCCAGUUACGACAAAUACCUUAUUAGUUAAACUCAGAGAUAGUUCCUCGCAACGACGUCAAAGACGACAAGGCAACAAAGAAGAACUCCAUUCGUCUAGUGGUAAUUGGAGCGCCAGCUCUGAGAGCGGAAGAGCAUCGAUUGGCUCAGAAAUUACAGCUUCAACUACUCACCCCAAAAGUACCACAUCAGCUGCUACAAGCAGUAACUCCUUAAAUCACCCACCAAGCUCAGUGAACUCCAGAAGGCGUUUUAAUUUUAACGCAUCGACUUCAGGCAGUGUCACUAGCGAAGGAAGCACCUUAACUCCAGACAUUAUUCACGAUUUACAUGAAGAUGGCGAUUCGGUUUAUUCAUGUGACACCGAAGGCUAUUACACAUCUUUCCAUAUGGAUAGUGGCCUUAAGACCUUGAAGGAAGAGGAAUUACCUUCAACCCCCUUACAAAGUACUAGUGCUUUUUCAAACUCCGGCUCUAACAAUACGGUGCUAAGUGCUGAAAACGAGUACGAAUUAUUUGGAAAAGGUUCUACUAGCACUACAACUAGUUCAGCGGGGACUGUUUGCACAACCCUAAGGGCGGCAGAGAGUAAUAGAAGUUUGAUUAUCGGUCCUGCAGUGCCAGAACGUAAAAGCUCUUUGUCAAAACUAUCAAAUAAAUCUAGUAAGAGUCCCGAAAGUUCUUUAGAACGCGACUAUAAUGACAAAACUGGCACAGUAAAACGCAGUCCCGCACUCAAUAAUUCAAAACCAACUGUUGUCGCUGUGAUACAUAAAAGCGCAGGAGAUAUUUCUCCUGAUAGUGGCCAUAACACAUCUAGUUCACCAAUAGAAAGUGUUUCCAGUCCUAAUGGUGUUCGAAGUGGAAGUGAUUUCGAGUUUUCAGAAAGUUCCGAUAUGGAAGGCCCUGAGAGAAUUGAAAGAAUCAGAGUAAAAACUACGAUUAAUUCCAGCAGGAUACCGUCGAUGUGCGUUAUAACACCAACGCAAAGCGAUGAGGAAGGUUCUACUAACUCAUAUAAACAACAAAUUGAAGUGAAUAAUUUAAAAAAUUGUAUCCAAGACGAUAAAAAUGGCAACAUGAGAAUCAUAAGUACAAACGUUAAUGGCACCCAAAAACUAGCUUUAGUUAAUCUCAACACACAAUCGGGCUAUGCUACGGUUGAAAGCAUCGAUGGGCAAAUAUCUGCGAAAACUAUUAGAGCACCAUCGCCUAGCGGAGGCACUGUAACAGUCAAACCAGAACCAGAAACUAAUAAAUCCCAGCCGCUAAUUAAGUCUACAUUAUUGCCAUUGAAUAAUAUGUUGGGAAAAUUGAAAAAUUUCGCCACUAAACGUGAUAGAAGCAAAAGUCCCGGCCAGAAACAACCAAUUGUUGAUUUAAUGGGAGAAUAUGUUACUUUAGCCGAUGUAAGAAAUAACAAUGAAACUUCUUACGUUAAUGAAGUGAUUAAUAAAAACCUAUCAACAGUUCUUAGUGGAAAAGAUACUGAAUACGUAUCCCUCAAUGAAUUGCCUAUUGUCGAUAAUAAUAACGUUUUUCCAAUUGACUCCUUGGAGCGAAAGCGUCAAGGGGCAAGAGUAAUGCUCGACGCCGAAGGAAAAGUCGUCUACAGUUCCGAUAGUCUCCGAAGACGCAAACCUCCGAGCUCUUUCGAACCAGGCCCAUUUGUGAAACAGUCUCAAAGUCCAUGUCCCAGUCCUCAAUCACUCCGAACCCCAAUGUCAGUCCGUCCAGUGACAAAUAGUCAAGACCAAAUGAAGCUCCACAUACCACAAACCGAGUUUCAUCGUCCGAUGUCGCCUUCCUCAGGAAAUAAAGUAAUCAUUAAAGCUUCCGGAAAUCCUCCUGAGAUUGUUCGUACACCGUCCGCAGUAGUACAACCGGCCAGUCCUAAAAUGAGACCUUUAAGUCCUAAAGGGGCUUACGUUCACGUGCAAACACCAUCAGGAGGUCCGUUGUCGCCGAAAGAAUUUAGAGAAGGCGUUCCACCUCCAUUAUCACCUCAAAAUCCGUCAGUAUUAGAUUCAAUACCUCCCCAAGACGUCACCAUGUACCACUACGCUGAAAAUGAACCCUAUUACUAUCAAGAAGCUGCCUAUUACCAUCAAACUGGUGGCAAUUUUUAUUCAACCCUCCCAGCCAAAAAGAGCCAACAAUAUUUUGCUUACGAAACUCCUCCAGAAAGAAGCGUCACACCUGAUAUCACCAGAGGCUUAGAUAGAGCCACAUCUACUAGUACAUUCAAACAUGAUCAAUCUCUAUUAAACAUGGGCCAUAAAAUUGGCAUUCCUGUAAUGAACUAUGCCAGUCCAAGAUCUCAAAGUCCCUACGAGGAUUCUUUGAAAAUAUCUCCUAUAGAUCCUAGAAAUACUGCUGGAUUCAAAUCUUCAACGCCAUCACAAUUGAGAACAGCAGAAAAUUUAGAAAGUAAAUUAUUGUCACCUAAAAAAAGCACCAUGUCUAAUGACGAACUUUACGCCGUUAUUCAUAAGACCAAAAAGAAAUUGAAUAUUGAAGAUGACCUGAACAGAGCGUCGCCUGUGAAAGAGCCAGAAGCAAGUACUCCUAAAAAAAUUAACGUCGAAACUGGGUAUAUUGGCACAAGACAAAGCUGGUCCCCAUCAAAAGGAGAAUAUAUUGAUUUUAAUGCCGACAUAGACAAGUUUUCACCAGUAAACGAGCCUAAAAACAGACAAAGUUGGGCUUGCAAUGACCGUAAAGGCACCAAAAAGACUUCCACCUUGGAUUUCAAAAAACUCCUACUACAAAAAACUAGUUCCUUAUCCAGCAACAAAAAAAUGUCCGCUGUAGAACAGCUAAAACUAUCCAAACAACAAAUGCAAAAGCAAAAAGAAGCCCCGAAAACUGCCAAAGACAUGACAAUAUUAGACUUGAGUUCUUCCCCAAGGAGUCUUGUCAAUCGCAGAAUGUUAAACAAUCCACCAGGAAGUCCCGAAAGGGGAACAGUAAAAUCGUUGCCAAAAAUCCUAAGUCCCAGAUCCCAAUGGAGAUUUACCAAUCCUAGAAGUGACGUGUUGUCAUCAACAAUUUUAGAAGAUUGCAGAGAGGAUGAGACUAGUAGUAAUGCUUCUAAAAGUUCAUUGGAAAAACGUUCCUUAAACAGUCUCGAUAAUAGUACAAAAUUAAUGUCUGUGAGUGAAAGGAUGUCUGUUCAAAGAGCCAGAUUUUUUGAGCAGGAACAAGAAGAAAAAGUUAAUAAGUUGCCACCUACAUUAGAAACUGCCUUUUAAAUUGAUUUUGCUCAAUUUUUGGCCUAUUUUAUUUAUGUUUUUGAAGUGAAACUUUUUAAUGCAUGCUGGGAUUAAAAUUGUUUUCAGUCUCCGCUUGCCAUUCAUUUUUAUUCAAUGGGGAUUAAAAUUUAAUCAAUAAUUAAACUAGCGUAAAUGUAGGUAAGGAGUUUUACUUCAAAGGCGCACCUGGUGUCUUUUAGAUUUAUAUUUAGUAUUUUCUCAUUUGUAAAUGUUUUAAAAAAUUCACAAAUUCCUGUAUUUUUAUUUCUAGUCUUGUUUUGCCUGCUUUUGUUUUUAAUUUUCUCUUGUUUGCUUGUAAAAUAGCUAUUUCAAUUUUAAUUUUAAGUGACUCUAAUGCCAUUGAUUAGCAGAAAAACAAUGUAAAUUAUUAUGUCCAGGAUACUUAUAAAUUUAAAAAAAAAAAAAAACUAAUAUAUUGUAUUUUGUAAAUAUGAAAUAAUAAAAACAAUUUGAAAAUCUCAUAUUAUAAUUGAUUUAUUAUUGGUACCUACCUUCAUAAAAAAAAACACACAUACACAUACAAAAUUAUUUGGCACCCAUUGGUGGGCGUACAGGUCCCAUCGGCCCCAUAGGUCCCAUAGGCAUCAUCCCCAUCAUAGGAGGUCGCAUACCCAUCAUCGGAGGCAUAGGCCCGUGAGGCCCCAUCAUCAUGGGGGGCAUACCGCCAGGUCCCAUUUGUUGCAUCAUUUGGGCUUGCGGAGCCCCGGGCCGUUGACCCAUCAAUUGUGCUGGAGGCGGAAUGGCCACGCCACCCUUGCCGGGCCCCGCGAAGGGGUUGUUGGCGAUUUUACCAGCCUUGAAAGCUGCAGUGGUUGCGUCAAUUAAAUGUUGAGCCUGGAAUUUUUAUUUAAUGAAAAACGGUUUUUGGGUAGGGGUGAAUUGGAGCUUACCUGUUCUUCCAUCCAUUUUUGGUAGUAAAAUUUUACGUUGUCCUUGUGUUUUCUUCCUGUACAAUGGGUUUUUCUUACGCUGGGAGAAUCGUGAGUUAAAUAUGUGUCACAGUAGUCGCAAUAGUAUUUAGGCAUUAUGUUGGAUCUAAGUACUUCUUUAAUCACUAAAUUUUAAUAUUAUUUGGAUUAUUUAUACAGAAAAAUUAAAUUUCUUUCUUGUUUGGUUUGUUAACAACAAUUUUAACAUAACCUAC